ACCACUUAAGUUAAAUCAGAGCCGGUCACUGGGACACUGCAGUGUUCUCCCCUCCUCUCGUCUCCUCUCGUCUCCUCUCGUCUCGCUGCUCCCAAAGCACCAACCGUCUCCUGCUCCUGUGUCACAGGACUCACUGAGGUCCUCGCCCCAGGCUUUUACCACUCGCCACAGAUGCACCCUGCUGACGGGGCCCUUUGUUCAAAAGCGUCUAGAUUCUGGCACACGAGCAGCAAAAAUGCAGAAUUCCACGGCAGGAAUAAAUCUGGAUUGCGGCAUGUCAGGAAGCCAUCAAUUUAUCUUUAUCUUGAUACCCAUCGUCUACAGCUCUACCUUCGUCAUCGGCAUCAUUGGGAACAGCAUGGUGGUCGCUGUCAUCUUCUUUUACAUGAACCUCAAAAUGGUGGCCAACAUUUUUGUCCUCAAUCUGGCCAUUUCCGACCUAACCUUCCUCAUUACUCUGCCCAUGUGGGCCACGUACACUGCUAGGGGCUACCAGUGGCCUUUUGGAGGGUUUCUGUGCAAGGCCACCGCAGGUUUGGCCACGUUCAACCUCUACACCAGCAUCUUCUUCCUGACGGCCCUCAGCAUAGACCGAUACCUGGCCAUUGUGCACCCAGUGCGGUCCCUCAGGUUCCGCACCCCGCUGUAUGCUCGCAUCACCUGUGUGGUGAUCUGGCUCUUCGCCCUUAUAGUCACCGUGCCCAUCGCACUGACCAGAGACGUCAUCUACAUCACAAACACAAACACCACGGUGUGCGGCACCCUGCAUUUGAAAAUCGAAAGCACCAAAUGGCUGAAGGAGCUCCUGCUGGCCACCAGUGUCAUGAAAAGUCUGCUGGGCUUCGUGGUGCCCUUGAUCAUCAUCAUCACCUGCUACUGCCUCAUCAGCCGAGCACUGCUGGGGGCGAGACACAUCCAGAAGAGCUCCCGUUCUCGGGACGACGAGGUGCUGCGGAUGCUGGCUGUAGCCGUCCUGGCCUUCUUCCUGUGCUGGGUUCCCCACCAGGUGUUCCACUUCAUGGAGUUGAUCAGCCAGUUGUCAAAGGAGAAGGACUGCACCUUAGAGGAAAUCAUCGACACCGCCAUGCCCUUCACCAUCUGCCUGGCCUUCUUCAACAGCUGCGUCAACCCCAUUGUUUACGGAUUUGUGGGACGCAACUUUCGUAAGAACUUACUGCAGCUGCUGCGGUGUGCGCCCAGUGGCCCGGCUAGGCCGCACCCCAGCAUCAGCUCCAAGAUGAGCACUCUUUCUUUUCGUGCCUCAGAGGUCCUGAGUCUCACCACCAAGAGUAAGGCCUCCUCUGACAUUAAGUGACCAAAAACAAAAGAGAGUAAAAGGCCACUCUCGCUCCUCUUCAACUCUGAGUUUAUCCAGACAUGGAGAUAUCGCAACAAAACCAAAAAAAACAACAACAACAUAUUCAAGCACUGAACUGUGGAGAUAUCACUGUAUAAUGUUGUGUCUUUUUGUCAAUCCGUAUAAGUCUGCAGUAUGGUUGUGGAUGUGGGCAUCAGUUUACUUCAGCUACAUGGACAUGUAGUUAAUAACAGGGAACAUUCAGCUUCUCACUUAUGGUCAACAAACCUGUACAACAUUUAGGCAGGUGGACAAAAGUGAAGCGGGAAUCCUUAAAUACAAGUAAAAAUAAUUAUUUAUAUAUAUAUAUAUUAAAAAAAUCACAAUAUCUAAAUCAUGUCUAUCUACCUUCACACAAAUAUGAAUUCCUGCACAGUCCACAGCCUAAAACAGUUCCAGUGACACCUGAGGUCACAACCUCUGGUUAGAAGCUGGUCUCACUCCUCAACUCCCUGAUCUCAGAAAUGCAGCCCCAUACCUUCAAGGAACCCCAAAGCUGUCCGUCAUUACUGCCCUGGUCAGUUCACAACAGCACCUUGUUGCUGAGCAUCAUAAUGUCACAGUGUACAGAGAGACAUCUGACCUAAAACCACCUCGCCCAGAAACGCACCCAGUUUGAAUUCACUGCUUGACAAGUCUGUGUUUCAACCUUCUUUGUGCUGCGUCACUGGUUGAUUAAACACCUGGAGUGUUUACUGUGUUAUACAGUCAGAUAUAAGUAUAUAUGUAUGUAUACAUGUGUGUAUAUAGGUAUUUUAUAUGUACACAUAUACAUAUAUGUGUAUAUAUCAUUAAAUAUAUACACAUAUAUAUGUUUAUGUGUGUAUAUAGGUAUGUGUAUGUAUAUAUAUAUUUUUUAUACGUACACAUAUACAUAUAUGUGUAUAUAUAUAUAUGUAUGAGCACCUCAUGUCCCAACAGUUAUCAAGUGUCAGAGAUACCAAAGUCAAUGUGUGCAGUUCUGUGUCCGUGGAACAUCGUGCAAACGUGCAGCAAAACUAUGGUGUAAAUAUGUGGAAAUCAGCUGAAAACAUAUCGGUCCAUGAAAACUUCAGUCUGCUUCAGUUAUGCUAAAGAGUACUGUGGAGUCCUGUGUUCUGUGAAGGGAACGUAUACAACCCAAAUGACUGUAACACUGUUUUACAUUUAUGGGAGACAAAAAGAGUGGUACACAAACACUCCUCAAUGGGUGGUUAUUGUGGUGGUUGUCUUUGUGGUAUUUAAACAUGUUAAUAUUGUUUGUGUAUUUCUGUGUUUUUUUUUACUCUAUAAAUGUACAGAUUGUGAAAAUAUGAAUAAAGUUGAAAAACAAAAAC